UUGUGUGCUCUGUAUUUUAAUUCUUGGGGUUUAGUGACAGCCGGAGAACUAGUGGGACAAGGCAGUGAAGUAGAGGUAUAUCGGAGUGAUGCGAAGGAGACUUACUUGAUCUGUUCUUGGCCGUUUGUAAAACUCAAACAACAGAAAUGGAGUUAGCAGGUGCUGUGGUCCAGGCCUUGACGGAGCAAGUUGUUCAGGGUGUUGGAAAGGAAGCUCAUUAUGCACUUGGCUUUGGUGGUCACUUUGAUCAGACAAAGAAAAUUCUAGAAGUGGCCAAGAAAUUCCUUGAGAACAAGGAUGUUAUUAAUCACAAGCUUAAAGAGGGACAUGCCAAGCCAGCCUUGAUUCAGCUGAGGAAACUAAUUUACGAAGCUGACGAUGUGGUGACAGAUUGCCUAAUGAGACGCGAAUACAAGGAUGACGGCUUACGCGGUUUCUUGGAUCGUUGUGAUCUAAUCUUCUUGCAUCAAGCAGGAAAGAAGUUGAACAAGAUUAAUUCCGAGAUGCAACAAAAUUUGAAGGAUUUAGGAGCAUAUGACAUACCAGAAAGCCAAUCUCGUACUGAAGAUGGUCAUCACUCCCAAAACGAGGAACGCAUAUUGGCGUCGCAGGAUUUCAAUCCAAAUGAGAUAAUUGGAUUAGAGGAUGCCAUCAAGAAGCUAAAAGGGUGGAUCGAUGAGCGCGACAAGGGGCUCCAAUGCAUUGCAAUUGCGGGGAUGGGGGGCUUGGGCAAAACUACCAUUGCCCAACAAAUCUACAAUGAUACAGAAAUUCAAAAAGUCUUCCAGACCAUAUGGGUGACUGUUUCAAGGAAUUACCAGGAGGAUGUAAUUUCAGCAAAAUUGUUGACAAAAUUGGGAGGAGGAACAUCAGAUAGGAGUCACUUGUUCAAAGCACUCAGUGAUGCGCGCAAAAUUAAGAAGGAUGCAAACUAUCUUGUUGUCAUGGACGAUGUGUGGAGCAUCGAUGAUAUCGAGUGGUGGGAUAACAUUCGCAGUGCUCUAACCAUACAAAAUGGAAGAACUUGCAUCAUUGUUACUACUAGGGAUGAAGGUGUGGCGGGCCAAGUGGUUUCUGAAGCAUCGCGAAUUCAUAGGCCAGAAUUACUUGAUAAAGAAAAAAGCUGGCGGUUGUUCACCAAGUUUGCCUUUCGUUCGACCGAAGGGAAAUGUGAAAGCCAGGGAUUUGAGGAAAAAGGAAGGGAGAUACUGGAUAAAUGUGGAGGGCUUCCACUAUCAAUCAAGACAAUCGGAUCCUUAUUGGCAUCCAAGAAGGACCUUUCUAUAUGGACACAGGUGUCAGAAAGUUUUCAUGAUAGGUUGGCGGUACUUGGAGUAAAGGAUGAUAAGGUUAAGGCUUCUCUCGCAUUGAGUUAUGGAGAACUUGAGGCUCACCUUCAGCAAUGCUUGUUGUGUUUGUCAAUUUACCCUGAAGACCAUGCGAUAAGGGCUGAGCAGAUAAUCCAUUGGUGGGUUGCAGAAGGCCUUGUAUCGAGGCAGGGCUCAAACAAAUCUGUGGUAGAGUUGGGCUAUCAAUACCUUUCAGCCCUAGUCAGUAGAUGCCUGGUCGAAGUUGAUCGUCGAAGAAACUAUGAUGGGAAAGUUUACACUUGCAAGGUACAUGAUGUGGUACGAGAGUUGAUUAUGGAGAUUGCAAAAUCGGAGUCAUUUUGCGCCUUCAAUGAAAAGGGCAUCCAAGUAUGGGAGAAAGAUUCUUACUGGUUAGGUUUUGUUGAUGAAAUGAUCGGAAAUAUCAAUUCAUUUGGAAACAAUUCAAAACUCCGGUCGCUGGUACUCGUGACAAGCAGUCCCAUCGAAAUCAGCCCAAACUGGGGGUUUCCACUGUCCCUCAGGAUGUUGGAUUUAUCUGGUGGUUGCACUAAUCUGGAUGAGAAAAGGGUGAAGAAUCUCUUAGACUGGAUUGCUUCGCUUGAGCGCCUAGCGUGUUUGAAUCUAAGUGAAGUUAAAAGUCUAGAGGAACUUCCAUCUUCAGUGUGUAAACUCCGAAAUCUCCAAAUGUUGAUCCUUACUGGUUGCAGAAAGUUAAAGAAGCUACCCUCGUCAAUAACAAGAAUGAAGAAACUCACUGUCCUGCACCUGGGAGGUUGUUCCCUCGAGUAUUUACCUCGGGGUUUGGGGAGGCUUUCAGGUCUUCAAGAUCUCACUGGAUUCAGAUUGGUUAGUAAGCAAAAUGCUAAAGCUUGUGAUCUGCAUGAGCUUUCGAAGCUGAUCCAACUUAGAGAGCUGCAGAUGGUCAUAAGUAAUGAUGACUUUGAAAUCUUAGAAAGUGAGCUGAACGAAGUUCUCUCAGAGCUCAAAAAUCUCAAGGUUCUAGACAUUGACGCAAGUGAAUGCCAGAGACCGAAAGCUUUGAAAAUGGUAGAUUGUCUGUACCCUCCUAAAGGCAUUAAGGAGCUGUAUCUUCGAAACUACCAAUGCAAGGCGAUGCCGAAGUGGAUUCAUCCCUCAACCCUUCCUAAAUUGCAAUAUCUAUGUGUCGAGGAUGGAGACGUCAGCAGCUUCAUUCCUCAAGUUGAAAUUGUCCGUUCGGAAUACGUCUGGAAAGAACUUGAAGGUUUGUCAUUGAAGAACCUGGGGAAAUUAUUUGGAGACUGGCAGGAGUUUGAGAAAGUUAUGCCUGAACGAAAAUAUAUUGAGGUUAGUCCUUACGUCCAAUGGAAAAAUCUCCCCCAAGAAGCUAAGGAGUCUGGGAUCUGGCGGAAAAAUUAAGGAACACCUUGAAAGAACAAUAAUGGAUCCAAAUGAAGCCUGAAAACUGCUUUCUUCAUGGUGGCAUUUGAUCCUCAGUGAGUUGAAUAGAUACUUGUAUCUUUUCGUCGACCGUGUGUGUUAGAUACUGGUGUUGUUGGUUUUGGGAGUGUGUGCUGUUUAAUAAGUUAAAAGUAAUUAAUGUUGUUUAAUUUUGUUAGUGUGCGUUUAAGCUGCAUGGAUUGGUUUCUGUACUAAAGAAUGUUGUAUCUAUGUCCAACUAAAACUGGAUUUAGUGAUGUAACAUAUCAAAUGUUUGUGUA